AUGUUCUACACUUUAACCUUGUUAAUUGCAUUCCUCACAUUUGUUGUAGAGAUUACUAGUGGAGAGGUUAUAGCUAAUGUGACAGUUGCUGCUGAUGGAAGCGGAAACUAUACUACAGUGAUGGAAGCUAUAAAUGCAGCACCUGAUAAUAGCAUGACACGUUAUGUAAUAUCUAUAAAGAAAGGAAUUUACGUAGAGAAAGUUUUUAUCGAUGAGAAAAAGUGGAAUCUCACUAUGAUUGGAGAGGGUAUGGGUGCCACAGUCAUAACCGGUAACAUGAGUUGCAGUCAAAAUACAUCAAGUGAAUGUACUUAUGACUCAGCUACCUUUGCUGUGAGUGGUCCAAGAUUCAUAGCACAAGAUAUUUCUAUUUGGAACACUGCCGGUCCAGAAAAUUACCAAGCAGUGGCGCUCAAAUCUGACUCCGACUUCUCUAUCUUUUACAGAGUUGAGAUUUCUGGUUAUCAAGAUAGUCUAUGUGUCAACACAAAUCGUCAAUUUUAUAGAGAAUGCAAAAUUAGUGGCACUCUCGACUUUAUCUUUGGAUAUGCUACCGUAGUGUUUCAAAAUUGUACAAUACUAGUAAAAAAAGGGUUAAAUGGACAACAAAACACAAUCACUGCUCAAGGAGGAUAUCUUGGAGUAUCAAGUGGAUUUUCCUUUCAAUUUUGCAACAUACUAGCGGACUAUGAUCUUUUACCCUUAAUUAAUUCAACCUCAACAUUUCUUGGUAGACCAUGGAAGCCAAAUGCUAGAACAAUUUUCAUGCAAUCAAAUAUAAGUAAUGUCUUGAGUCCGAAAGGGUGGUUAGAGUGGGAAGGUGCUCCUGAAUAUUUAGAUACAUUAUUUUUUGCCGAAUAUAUGAAUUAUGGACAAGGAGCUGACACGAAAAAUCGAGUGAAAUGGUCAGGUUAUCAUUUGUUGAGUUUUAAUCAGGCUAGUAACUUCACCGUGGCCAACUUUAUUUUAGGAGAUCAAUGGUUACCUUCAACAGGAAUACCGUUUACUAGUGGAUUAGUGAAUUAA